AUGUGUAGGUUUUUGGUUGACCAACAACUUAACCUACUUUUCACCAUUUAAGGUACUUGUCACCCAAGCUUCUGAUCAGAAACAGCAUCAAGCUAAUUUAGCAGUUUAAACGGUGUCAAAUAGUUAAUUUUAUUACAUGUAUAUGUUCAAUGGAUGCUGAGAACGCAUUGAAAUAUUUAAUCAAGCUUACGCAGAAUGGCGAAUUGUGCACACUUAAAAAAGAACUUGGAGGCAAUAUUGUUGCACAUUAUGUACAAAAAACAUUUCGGGAAAUCGGGUGAUACAUUGUUGCAUUAUGCCGCCCGUCAUGGCCACUUGGACAUUGUGCAAUUUUUAGUAAAAGAGAUUGGGAUGGACAUAGAGCUUUACAAUACCGACUACAAAAGAGCUCUGCAUGAAGCUGCAUCCAUGGGACAGCGGGAGUGUUUGAGCUAUCUGCUCACUGAAGGAGCCAAAGUAGACUGCUUAAAAAAGGCUGAUUGGACCCCUCUGAUGAUGGCCUGCACCCGGAGGAACCUGGGUGUGAUCCAGGAACUGCUGUCCCACAAGGCCGAUCCCACGCUGAAGAACAAGGACGGCUGGAACUCCUUCCACAUCGCCUGCAGGGAGGGAGACCCAGCAGUCAUACAGCACCUCCUACUGGCCAACCCAGAAGUCUGGAGUACAGAGAGCAAGACGCUGAGGACUCCUCUGCACACUGCAGCAAUGCACGGCUGUGAAGAAGUGGUCAGCAUCUUGGUACAGAGUUGUGGUUAUGUUCCGGAUGGCAGGGACAGCUGUGGGGUCACUCCCUUUAUGGACGCAGUGAGGAACGGACACAUAUCUGUGGCCAAGCUACUGCUGGAGAAGCACCAGGCCUCUCCGACUGCAGCAGACAUCCUCGGGGCCCAGCCGGUGCACCAGGUUGCAGUCACAGCCCAGGAGGAGGCGCUAGAGUUCCUAGUGAGGGACCUCGGAGUGGACGUGAACCAGACAGCCACUGACAUGCAGCUCACUUCCCUGCACUACGCUGCCAAGGAGGGCCACACAGGCACAAUCAAAACACUCCUCACAUUAGGAGCAGAUCUUCACGUCAGGGACAAAAAGGGAAGAACAGCUCUUCAUAUGGCGUGUAUAGGGCAGCAUGCAGAAGCGGUCAGGACACUCCUACAGCAGGGGCUAGUAGACGUGGUGGAUGCCUCGGGCUCCACUGCUCAACAGCUUGCCAAAAAAAACGAUGUGCUCAGAGUGUUUGAAUGUGAUUUGACAUAAACUUCUGUCUGAAUGGAGAAUCAAUAAAUUAUGGACAUUAAUGGUAUUCUGGAUGGCAGAAUAAUAACUUCAUAUAAUUUCUUUGUGUGGAUUUUGUUGAUGGGGAUUAAACAAUACAGUGCCUUCAGAAAGUAUUCACACUAUUUUACUUUUUCCACAUUUUGUCGUGUUAAAACGUGGGAUUAAUACAAAUAAAAAACUAUGGAUA